AAUCGGAUGAGCGAUUUCUGAACGAUACGAGAGAUCGAGAUUUAAGUUUGACAAGAUGUCCGAAAAUUGAAGGAUAUUAAAGUGGAAAUUUUUAAUUACCUAGAGAUCCAAUAUUGUUUAUUAAAUCUGCAUUGUUGUCUUUAUCGUCGAAUUUUUAGAUCCAUUCGAAAUUAAUAUUAGGCACAGCGAAUUCUCUAAGUCCAAGCUGAAACCGUUUCAUUUUCCUCAAUGAAACCUGUUCUGUCAUGUCUUACACUGAAUUGGAACAUGGUUAUCAGGGUCUACGGAGUGCCAGCCGACCAAUUUUCUAUGUAGGGGAUUUAAAUACUGUACAACCAACCCUUGUGGGUCCUGUAGCUUCUUCUAUAUAUCGUUCAUCAAAAAGAGCCGAACUGUCGGACGGGUGCAGCAAUGAUGAUGGAUGCAUGGGUGGAAGCGAUUUGGAAGGAGAAGGGAAGCAAGUUUUGGUUGGAAUCUGUGCGAUGGCAAAAAAAUCACAAAGUAAACCAAUGAAGGAAAUUUUAACAAGAUUGGAAGAAUUUGAGUACAUUAAAAUAGUAGUAUUUCCUGAAGAAGUUAUUUUGAAGGAGUCUGUAGAAGAUUGGCCAAUUGUUGAUUGUUUAAUAAGCUUCCAUAGUAAAGGCUUUCCCCUUGAUAAAGCUAUAAAUUAUGCUAAUCUUAGAAAUCCGUUUAUCAUCAAUAAUUUACCCAUGCAAUAUGAUAUUCAGGAUCGUAGGAGAGUCUAUGCUAUCUUAGAGAGUGAAGGUAUUGAAAUCCCGAGAUAUGCUGUCCUGGAUAGAGACUCGUCUGAUCCAAAACAUCAUGAACUAGUAGAAUCAGAAGAUCAUGUCGAAGUUAAUGGUGUUACAUUCAACAAACCGUUUGUGGAAAAACCAGUGUCUGCAGAGGAUCAUAAUAUUUACAUUUAUUAUCCUACAUCUGCAGGUGGAGGCAGUCAAAGAUUAUUUAGGAAGAUUGGAAGUCGUAGUAGUGUAUAUUCACCAGAAUCUCGAGUUCGUAAAACAGGUUCUUACAUAUACGAAGAUUUUAUGCCAACCGACGGUACAGACGUUAAGGUUUAUACCGUGGGUCCAGAUUAUGCUCACGCAGAGGCAAGAAAAAGCCCUGCAUUGGAUGGUAAAGUCGAAAGAGAUUCAGAAGGGAAAGAAAUUCGCUAUCCGGUUAUACUAAGUAAUGCUGAAAAGCUAAUUAGUAGAAAAGUGUGCUUAGCUUUUAAACAAACAGUUUGUGGUUUUGAUUUACUUAGAGCAAACGGGCAGUCAUUUGUGUGUGACGUAAAUGGGUUUAGUUUUGUAAAGAAUUCUAACAAAUAUUAUGAUGACUGCGCAAAGAUUUUGGGAAAUAUGAUUUUAAGAGAAUUGGCACCCACUUUACAUAUACCAUGGAGCGUACCUUUUCAAUUGGACGAUCCGCCUAUUGUGCCUACUACAUUUGGGAAAAUGAUGGAAUUACGAUGUGUAGUUGCUGUUAUAAGGCAUGGAGAUCGAACGCCAAAACAGAAAAUGAAAGUAGAAGUUCGUCACCCGAAAUUUUUCGAGAUAUUCGCAAAAUACGACGGCUACAAGCAUGGUCAUAUUAAAUUAAAGAGGCCUAAGCAAUUGCAAGAAAUAUUGGAUACCGCACGUAGUUUAUUAGCUGAAAUACAACAUCGUGCUGCUGGACCUGAAUUGGAAGAAAAACAAGGAAAAUUAGAACAAUUGAAAAGCGUCUUAGAAAUGUACGGUCAUUUCUCAGGGAUAAAUCGCAAGGUACAAAUGAAAUAUCAACCAAGAGGCCGACCAAGAGGAAGUUCAUCAGAUGAUGAUCGACUUGGAGAACCUUCCCUUGUAUUGAUAUUAAAAUGGGGUGGAGAACUAACACCAGCCGGCCGUAUUCAGGCAGAGGAGUUAGGAAGAAUAUUUCGCUGCAUGUAUCCUGGUGGUCAAGGUAGACACCUUAGUGAGGAAGACUCAGAGAUGUUACCAAAUCACGGUGACUAUGCUGGUGCACAAGGUUUAGGGUUACUUAGACUUCAUUCAACAUUUCGACAUGACUUAAAGAUCUAUGCAAGUGAUGAAGGAAGAGUUCAAAUGACAGCAGCAGCCUUUGCAAAAGGUUUACUCGCAUUAGAGGGUGAAUUAACGCCAAUAUUAGUGCAGAUGGUGAAGAGUGCUAAUACUAAUGGUCUAUUGGACAAUGAUUGCGAUAGCAGUAAAUACCAAAAUAUGGUAAAAACACGACUUCAUGAAUUAUUACAACAAGAUCGAGAAUUUACGUGUGAAGACAGGGAACAGAUAAAUCCUGGUAACGCACUGAGCAUUAACGCAGCCAUGGAUUUUGUUAAAAAUCCUGUUCGUUGCUGCCAGCAUGUUCAUACUUUGAUUCAAAAAUUAAUGGACAUUGUUCGUAUUAAGAAAGAUGAUCCUAAAACCAAAGAUGCAAUUCUUUAUCAUGGUGAAACGUGGGAAUUAAUGGGUCGUCGAUGGGGAAAGAUUGAGAAGGAUUUCUGUACCAAAAAUAAGAGGUUCGACAUAUCGAAAAUCCCGGAUAUUUAUGAUUGUAUAAAGUAUGAUUUACAACAUAACAACCAUACGUUGCAAUUCGAACACGCGGAGGAAUUGUACAUUUAUUCUAAGUAUCUGGCAGAUAUAGUGAUACCACAGGAAUAUGGAUUAACAGUGCAAGAGAAGCUCACCAUAGGCCAAGGUAUUUGCACUCCUCUUUUAAAAAAGAUAAGAGCAGAUUUGCAGAGAAAUAUCGAAGAAACUGGAGAAGAAACAGUUAAUAGACUCAAUCCGAGAUACUCCCAUGGAGUUUCUAGUCCCGGUCGGCAUGUACGCACAAGACUUUACUUUACAAGUGAAAGCCACGUACAUUCUUUGUUGACUGUUUUACGUUAUGGUGGUUUACUUGAUGUAAUGAAAGAUGAACAAUGGCGUCGAGCUAUGGAGUACGUUAGUAUGGUUUCGGAAUUAAAUUACAUGUCUCAAAUUGUAGUUAUGUUGUACGAAGAUCCAACUAAAGAUCCUAGCAGCGAAGAACGUUUUCACGUUGAAUUGCAUUUCAGUCCUGGUGUAAAUUGUUGUGUGCAAAAGAAUUUACCACCAGGACCAGGUUUUAGACCCCAUUCACGCAAUGAGAGUAGCCAUAAUGUAGGUGAAAGUGGUGGUUCUGCUCAAGAUACCAUUUCACAAUGUAGCACUCGAAUAGAGGAAGAAGAUGUAGAGUUGGGAAUUUUGGAAGACGAUUUUAUGAAUCCACCAUUGCAAUCUGAAACACCUCCACGAACAAUGGAAACAGAUACUGUAGAUGCAAUGAUGGAUAGUCCAACAACCAGUAGAGGAGUUGAUAUGAUGGACUUACAUCCUAACAUGAUGGAUGAACCAUUUGAUAGUGGCUUUUUGCAGAGUUCUGCGCCCAUUCCAAUAAGUGCUAGAACCGUAGCCGGUCAUGAAGCAGCGAGACUUGGUAGUCAGUUAGCUGCAAGUCAACGUCAGCGACGUGAUGCAGAAAGAGGCACAAUUGUUGAACCACGUGCUCGCAGUUAUGAUCACCAAAGACAGGACAAGCCCGAGAAAGCUGCGGACAAGCUGCAGUAUCAGAGCUUGGACGCUGUCAACAAAGAAGAGAAGCAUGUAACAGAGCAACGCUACUUAGAGAGAUCUGGCCAGGUUUUGUUGAACGUGCCAACGGAAAAAUUCAGCCUGCCACACUCCUUUAGUUCACCGGAGUUUCCAGUUCCUUCGAUAAAAACCUCCACUUUGAGAUCGACACCCUUGGUGACUUUGCACACAUCUCCUCUAAUCUCACCGAACAGCCGGAGCUGUGAUGUGACGGAUAUAGUGUUACCAAUCCCUACGAUUCGUUCUUCGUUUUUCAAUAUCGAUCUCGAACAGUCUUACGAUUUCGAUCCACCUACUCAGAGUAAGAAAUACGGACGUUCUAAUUCAGAGACGAUUCUUCCUGGGAUUGAGCGUAGCGGUGAGUUGAUCGAUUCCUCGAAACCGCCACUAAGCUAUCCGUGGUUAAAGCGAUCCCUUUUUUCGUUAUCCUUGCACGAAAGAACCCCAAAGACAGUGACAUCCGCGGGACGGAUCAAACUAGACAAACGUUCUCGUUCAUUGUCACCUUACGUACCUAAAUGUCUUUGUUAUAAUUGUAAUGUCUCGGAGCUGAUUUUGAGAAGCAGAGAUCUACCGCCUGUCGAGCGUUUCAACUUUGAUAUCUACUUUGCACGCUCGCUCUCACAUAAGUUUUUCAAUUGUUCUUGUUAUUCGAGCCUCCAGGAUGUACCCAGUCGUUUUCCUCGUAGUGUUUCUUUCAAUGAUAGCUAUGGGUGUCACAGAGGAAUCACCGGACUAGAUCAUCCUGAUUUACCCUUUGUAUAUCUAAAGAAUAGGCUUCUUGUGUUUCCUGAGAGACAGAGUGCUGCUCCUUGUUUAGAGUCAAAGGUCGAUCAUUGUGUCAUAUACAAACAUCAGUCAAGGGGUCACGAUCGCAGUGAAUGGAUGCUGUUUAAGGAAAAAGAAAAGUGGAGGUUUGAUAAGAAUAUAAUGAGACGAAAAUUGAAUAGUGAUAGUGUAAUUGGGAAUACACGUGUACCAUUCAGGAAGUUAUCCUGUCCCAAUGUGAGACCUGGUGACUUUUCUUGUGUUGAUUCCGUUUGUUCAGACGAAAAUGGUGAAGUUACCGAUUGUUCAAAAAUGUGCAGAUGCUGGUCUUGUCCCAAUGUGAAUUUCCAGUGGCACGAUAGCCUGGUACAUAUACCAAAUCAUAGUAGUAUGCUUUAUCAUAUGUCCCCUGCGCACGGUAAUGAUGUUCACGACGAUCACGAGAUUCCUCGCAAGUAUUACUAUCGCUCCAAGAGUCCACGUGAACCGUUCUCCCGACUCCAGCCUCAACGAUCCUUCUCAUCUCCAGACACACGACCUUCGAUCAUUCAACCUGACCCUACCUGCACAGCAAGGCGCCACCGUCACAGUAUCUCCGGACAGAUGAGUUAUUUCAAGCUGUUGGGCUACAACGUCAACAAGAAGUUGACUGGAUCAGCAAACAGUUUGUUCAGCACAGCUGUUAUCAGUGGAUCCUCCAGUGCGCCAAAUCUCAAGGAUAUGGUACCACCUCAUGCCUCUGCUGUUGCUGCAAUAGAAGGUUUUGGUGGUGUACCGCCAAUAAGACCUUUGGAAACUCUUCACAAUGCAUUGUCGUUACGUCAAUUGGAUUCCUUUUUGGAAAUGAUGACCAGUGCACCUCUGUUUCGAACACCCGCUUCUUCGCCUCCAAAGUAUCCUUCACCUGGUGGAUCAACACACGAAUCGGUUAACCAAAAUAUCAAUAUUGGAGGAGUCAGUCGCGAGUACCACUCUUCCGACCUGGAAGCUGUCAGGUACCGUAAGAAAUUAAGUAAACCAUCCUUGUACAUCACGCCAACACCCAUACAGUAUAAACCUUCGAACGAUGGAGAAUCUUGUGACAUAAGAAAUCAAUUGUCGCCAACCAGCCCUAAUAGUACUGGAUGGAGCAGUGAACCACAAUCAUUUCUCUCUUCUGAACCCUCAUCUCCUGCACCGACUUCAACAGGAGAAUGCAGUAUGUCUAUAAGCUUAAUCAGCAAUGACGGAGCUCAAUCGUUUAAUGUGGGUCCUAAAUUUUCUACAACUCCCUGCUUGGAUGUGGAUUUUAACGAAUUUUGUAUAAAUAUUGAUCAAGAGCACAGAGAGGCUCGUGGUAGUGUAUCAUAUACAGAUUAUUAUAGCAAUGAAGAUGGUCAAAUACGAAACUGUAGUUUUGGAGCAGGCUUCAAUUCUAAUUUACAAAAGAUCAUGCGUACUGAUGAUCUUCCGGUUGACAAUAUGGAUGAUGAUGAGGACCAUACCAUAACUUUAAAACAAACUGAAGAGCAAAAAAAGCAAGAUGUGAAACAAAUAUUUGAACAGAAAGAAUAUCCAAGCACAAAAUCUAGUAGUGGCUAUAAGAAAAUUGGAAGAUUCCUUGUUGAAAGCAUGGAAAUAUCAGAUGAAGACGUCAGGAUUAAAGAAGCAGAUAAUAUAGACAAGACAAAAUCACCUGCUUCUAUGAAAACUGAAUCUUUUAAUAUAGAAAAAAUACAAAAAAGUAAAGAUGGUACUGAUGUUAUGCAAGAGCAACAGAAGAAGAAGAAUUUUUCUCGAUCUCAGAGUGUUUCUAUGCCAAAAACUCCUACACAGAAGCAAGAAUCAAAUUACAGCUACAAAUGUACUUCAAAGAUAAGCUCUCUUUCAAAUAUGUCAGAUAAAGAUUUGGAGAAUUGGAAGCAGAGCAUGAUGGAAUCAAAAGAUCCUUGCUCCAUAGAAAUGAAGGCAGAGGAGCCAAUUCUGACUGUAGCAAGUAGCAUGACAGGUAACUCUAGCGUGACAAUAGGUUUUAAUGUUCAAGGUGAAAAAAAAGAAGAACCUGACCUUUAAGAGUAUUACUUUUUCAAAGAUUACCAGAGUUAUUUUAUUUAUUAAGUCCAUUUCCUUAAUAUAACGAAUAAGAUACUGCAUAUGAAAUUGUUGAAACGUUUAUUGUUAUGAGCAAAUCAAAAUUGGUAUUGCAUGAGUUAAAUACUGGUUAUGUUGAUAAAAUUUUAUGAAGAGAAAAUUUUUUGCAUUUUGUUUUCUGGCACAAAAUUGUAUACAUUUUUUGGUAUUUUUUUUUUUUACAUUCGUUAAGAUUGUUAGGAAUACUUAAGGCGUGCAUAACAUGAUAAAGGUGCAAACAUUAAGAAAUUUUUCCAAUAUGUGAACAUACCGGAGCAUUAUUUUAAAAAGACGAGUUAAGAAUUGCUUAUUAAGAGGAAAUAUUAUUAAAGUUAAAGCAACGUUAAUAGCAUUUCUCUAUGUUAAUAAUGUACUUACCAGAUUGUAUCUAUAUUAAAUUAUUUUUGAAUUGACGCUUGUAUGUAAUGGUAUAAUAGUAUUUUUGUAGAUAAUAUAUGUCCAAUGUUAAUAAUGUAUUAGAAUAUAAGGCAAAAUGAAUUUGAGUCAAAAAGAGAAAAGCAUUAGAAAUUUGCCUCAAGAAAAUAUUUGGCAUAUACAAAUUACGAGAUUUUUAAUAAUCGAAUAUGAAACAUAUGUAGAUCUCCUAUGACUCAACAAGUUCAAAAUAUACCUCAUUUGCUAAACUAAAUACAUGAGAGGAAAAAGGUUUAAAAUUUCCUUUCAUAUUAAAUGGUAUUAUUCUUCUUUGAUCUUAUAAACAUAGUAUUACUAAUACAAAUAACACAUGACAUGUACUUCUCAUGAAAUUGUUUCUUUAGACUCAAGAACAAGUACCUUAUAUAUUUAUUCAAAAGUACCACUAUUAGACUUUAAUAUUAAUUUUCUUUUAUUUUACGGGGAUAUAAUAUAAAAUUAUUAUCAGAAAAUUUCUAUGAAUAUACAAAUGCUAUGAAUUAUCAAACAUUAACUCAAAUUACAAUAAUUAAACAAUAAUUGCUCUAUAACAAAAUAUGCUCAUUUCAAGAAUUGAUGUAAAUGCCUUACAGAUUAAUCUGAUAGAGGAUAUAUGCUACCUUUCUUAUAAGUGGUUUUAGAAUGUUUCUUAUUAAAAAGCUAUACAAGCUAAAGUUAUAUAAAUAUAAAUGUGGUUUUAUAUCAAUUCCAAAUAUGCAAGGUGCUAUUUUCAAUCAAUCUUAUUAUGUUCCUAACUGAUUUUAUAGUUCUAACAUUAGGAAUAAAACCAUCACACAUAUGGCUAUAGAGGAUGUACUAGUUUAUCACAUAAACUAUUUAUUUCAUCCUGGAAAGAAUAGGAAUUUAUUCUUUAUUUCUUUUUUCAAUUUUUUCUGUCUUUGCAGUAGAUAAUAUUUCUAAUUUACCAAUAAGUGAAUUAAAUUCAAAAUCUUUUAGGAAGAAUAUAUGAAAUCAUGUUUAAUAUUCUUGUAACAAUAUUAUUUAUAGUGAUAAAGUUAAAAGGCUUAUACUUUGUGAUUCUUGCAAAUAUAAAUUAGCUGAUUUUUGUAGAUGUGAUUCAUUUUAUGACAUUUUAGAAACCAUAUUGUGCAAAAUGUACUUUAGUGAAGAAACGUUUCUAUAUAUAUAAAUAUGUUUUAGUAGAUAGAUACAGUUACAGAAUUAAGCAUUCACUAAUUUGUAGAGAAUUUGCAAGAUGUUGUAAAGAAAUAGUUGUGGUAGGAUAUUUGUACCUUUUGCUUAACAUAUAUAAUUUUCUUUCGAUAUAUAAAAAAUUAUGUUCUAAAGUAAAGCAUUCAUUAUUAUACAAGAAAUAAAAGUUAAUGUUAAAUAUUUUAUCCUGUGAUCUCUAUCACCAGUACCAGUGCAAUGAUACAAUUAUUAAUGACAUAUUCAUUGACACCAUCAUAGUUGUAAAGAAGGAAAUGUAAAACAUAAAUGUAUAUGUAAGAAAUGACAGAUUACAAUAAAAAAAGUUAAAAAUGGAA